AUGGACUUGACCGCUUCAGCAGCGCUGAAUUACACCAUGCCCAACAUGUUUUCCCAACUCGUCGGCGCUUUCGCCCUCUUCACUGCACUCCCCUUUGCACAGACUGCACCAAGUCAUGACAAGCAAUGCUCGACUGCGCGCACGGAGCACAAGCGCAGAUUGUUUGUGCUCACGGAUAUAAGCAAUGAGCCUGAUGAUCAAAUGAGUCUUGUUCGGCUGCUGACGUACGCCAAUGAGAUUGAUAUCCAGGGCAUUUCUGUGACGACUUCGACGUGGAUGCCUGAUAAGAUCGACUAUGAGUCUGUAGUGGGUGUUUUGGAUGGUUAUAAGAAGGUUGUGAAUAACCUCAAUGCCAAUGUUCCAUCUUACGCGCCUUAUCCCUCGUACAAGUAUCUUCUUGACAGAGUUCACAAGGGUCAUCCUGUUUAUGGACGAAAAUCACUCAAUAUGAGUUUGAGUGACGGUGCGAAAGCGCUUGUUAAAGUUGCUGACAAGGCGAGCGUCGGCGAUCCUCUGACUGUUUCUGUUUGGGGUGGAUCUGCGAUUUUGGCUGAAGCUCUUCAGCAUGUUUCUCGCACUCGAAGUGAAGACGCUGUUGACGCUUUCGUCGAGAAGCUUCGCGUUUACGCUAUCUCUGAUCAAGACGAUACCGGUAUCUGGAUCCGUCUUCGCUACCCUCAACUCUUCUACGUGGUAUCUCUGCACGGCUUCAGCGAGUAUACCGUUGCAGCAUGGAACGGUAUCUCAGGCGAAGAAUACCGAAACUUUGAUCAUGGCGGCCCAGAUUCCAGCAUUGUCUCUAAUGACUGGCUCGAGAAGAACAUUCGACUUGGUCCUCUGGGAUCCCAUUACCUGAACUGGUCUUUCAUCAUGGAAGGCGACACACCCGCUUUUCUACCUCUCGUCCAGAACGGUCUUGGUGAUGUUAACCACCCGGAGUGGGGCAGCUGGGGCGGUCGCUAUACCCUCCUGGACCAUACAAACCAGUCGCGAGUCUACGCUGAUACGAGUGACUACGUCGUCGGUGCCAACGGAAAGGCAUUCACCAGCAAGUUCGCAACUAUCUGGCGAUGGCGUAAGGAUUAUCAGUUCGACUUUGCUGCUCGUAUGAAGUGGACUGUCAACUCCAAGUACUCCGAGAACAACCAUCAACCCGUUGCCAUCGUCAAUGGCUCUUGUGGUACUGCCCCGUUGAAACUCAAGUAUAAACCUGGCAGCAGUAUUGUUCUUGAUGCAUCAAACAGUUGGGAUCCCGAUGGUGAUGACCUGACGUACGAUUGGUUCCACUACCGCGAGCCUGGUGGCGCUUACGGACGAGGCUUGGAAGGCUUUGACCCUUCGCUGAAGAUGAAGCCAGUCUUGACACCCAAGAGCCCGAAUGUCAAUAUCACAAGCAUCAAGGAUAAUAGAAGUAUCGUCAAGCUAGAGACAGCCAAAAGCCUGAACGAUUAUCACAAGACGCAGAAGAAGUUCUACUGGCUCAGCUGCAUCCAGAAGAAUGGAAAGACCUACGUUUAUACAGCGCCGAAGAUUGAAGGGACGUGGACGAAGGCUUCGACUAUCUCGAAUUAUUGCUUGUACGAUGCUGGCCUUCUCAUCGAUGAUGAUGACAGUAUCUACGUCUCCUCUGGGCAAUGGACACCCAAUGGUGCUAAGUCUCAGACAUGGAUCUCUAAACUCGACAAAAACUUACAAGUUGAAAAACAAGAGACUGUCUUCAAGUCCAACCAAGAGCUCGGCUACAUCGAAGGUUCUCGGUUCUACAAGAUCAACGGCACCUACUUCCUUUGGCUGACGAACCCUGGCGGCCCUUAUGAUUCAUGGCAUCGUGUUCUCAAAAAUAACGGAAAACCUAUCAAAGGCAGUGGGUCGCCUCAUCAAGGUGCCUUCGUCGAGACACCAGAAGGGGAUUAUUACCCGCAGUCUAACGUCACCAUUGAGCUUAACUACUCCUCCAUGGUAGAUGGAGACCGCGCGGGAUUGGUUUCGCUGCGAUAUGAUGCUGGCUGGAUCGGUAUCGCCAAAGACGGUAGUUCAAUAACACUGCAGAUAGUUGACAAUGCUGCAAUAGACCCUGACAACAGCUUCGUUACUACCUCCAAAGGAAACCUCAUCGCAAGCAAGUCUAUCUCUGGUAGCAAGAUCUGGCUGCGCUACCAAAUCUCUACAGUUUCUCCGAAUCGUUCAACUUUCUUGUAUAGUACAGAUCGCAAGACCUUUGUGAAGUUUGGACAGGACCAUAUUACCAAGCAGGGAGGGCGUAACGUCUUGGGACGCCUUCUAGCCAAUGUGUACUGGCGAACGGCGAACUAUAUCUCAGUGUCUCAUGCAGACUACCGGAGAACGCCGGAUAUCGAAAAGCUGCGACCUAGGCCAUACAGCGAUGGUCUUUCCCAUGAGGGUCUCGUGAACUUGAAGAGCGAACACUGCAUCGCAGGCGAUAUCGUGAUUCACUGCACGGGAUUUGACAAGGGGGACGAUGAAUUCGAACCUAGUCUUAGAUGUGAGCUCGGUCUGGAGUAUGACCCCAAAGAGUUCUCCAGAUGGAUAAUGCUCGAUGAGAAAGCUGAUAGGACUGUGGAUGAUCUCCUACCAUACCUUCGUGAUGCGCCAAGCCAAUACGGCGACUGCAACGUAACCAAGAGAACGAGGCACGGCCCUAAUAGGCAUUACCGCCGUCUGGUGAUGCUCGGAUGGCGAGACCUACCGGCAAGAGAAGAGAUGGAGGUCGAGGCUGGAAACCUCAAUGCGUGCACAAGAAAGAGGUACCUUGAGCAAGGCAAGAAACAUUCGUAUUUCAUAUACGACUACAUUGCUUACAUCGACACACCGAUGAAGGACCUGGGACUUAACCCGUUCCGCAAGAGCAACGUUUUCAAAGAAUGGUUUGUGAGAUAUAAGCCAAGUGACUACAAAACUAUCCUAGACGAGUACCUGAGCCUUCGACGUCAUCGACAGGAGAUUGAGGGUGCAAAGGGGGAGAACGGAAAGGCUGCGUAG